AUGGCCGCAGUGGUGGAGGCUGAGCAGGGGAUCGAAGUGUUUGAGGCAGCAGGCUUUGUGGGCUCCAGCAUGCAUUCGGAGGGGGCUGUGGAGAUGGAGCCAUUCUACGUGGAGAGACACUCCUGCAGGUGGCUGAAGAAGCUCCUGGGAGACAGCAGGAAGUACCACGGCCACAUGAUGGCCAAGGCUCCCUACAACUUCCAGUUCGUAAAGAAAAACGAUCCCGAAGGGCCCCACUCCCAUCGGAUGUACUAUUUAGCUAUGUCAAAUGAGAGCAGAGAGAACGCACUGUUUUAUUCAGAAAUUCCGAAGAAGAUCAACAGGGAUAAUCUCUUGUUGUUGUCAUGGAAACCUCUUCUGGAACGCUUUCAGUCGGGACUGUGGAGUGAGGAAGAGCUGCUGAGAGAGAGGAAGAGGAUCGGCCCUGUGGGAAUCGUGUCGUAUGAACUGCACAGAGACAGCGGCACCUUUCUCUUUCAGUCAGUCCUCAACUUGUACACUUUUAAAGACGGGGGGCCGCACGGCUUUACCAAACACCCUCUGAAGCCCAUCACAGUAAAGACGUCAUGUCCUCACAUUAGAAUGGACCCCAAACUGUGCCCUGUUGAUCCAAACUGGUAUUCAUUUAUCCAUCGAAACGAUAUCUGGAUUGCAAACCUUGAAACAGGUGAAGAAAGAAGGUUGACAUUUGUGUACUCAGAUCUAGCGAAUAUUGAAGACAACCCCAAAUGUGCUGGCAUUGCUACGUUUGUGCUGCAGGAGGAGUUUGAUCGAUACACAGGGUACUGGUGGUGCCCUACAGCUGAAACAACGGUUGAUGGGAACAAGGUUCUUUGGAUAUUUUACGAGGAGAAUGAUGAAUCCAAAGUGGAAGUGAUCCAUGUGACUUCACCAAUGCUGGAGACCAGAAAGACUGAGUCAUUCAGGUACCCGAGGACAGGUAUUGCCAAUCCAAAAAUCACUUUGAAGAUGUCUGAAUUAACAGUGGGUGCUGCGGGAGUGAUUGUGAGCGCAGUGGAUAAGGAGCUGGUCCAGCCCUUUGAGGUCCUAUUCCUAGAGACAGAGUACAUCGUCCGAGCAGGGUGGACUCGAGAGGGGAGAUAUGCCUGGGCCAUCCUCUUAAACCGCUUUCAAACCAGACUCCAGAUCGUUCUGAUCCCUCCAGCACUGUUUAUUCCAGUCGUGGACGACGCUAUAGAGAAACAGAGGCUGGUGGAAGCAGUGCCUGACAGCGUAGCCCCCUUUAUUAUCUAUGAGGAAACAAGAGACAUUUGGAUCAGUGUUCACGAUGUUUUACACAUUUUCCCUCAGAUGGACAAGCAUGAAAUCAAGUUUAUCUUUGCUUCUGAGUGCAAGACUGGAUUUCGUCACCUUUAUAAAAUCACAACGCAUUUACAGGAGAGCACGUACAAGCGUUCCAGUGAGGGCAUGCCUUCUCCUAAAUCAUUAGUUGCAGAAGAUGAUUUCAAAUGUCCCAUUAAGGAGGAGUUAGCACUGACCAGCGGAAACUGGGAAGUUCUGGGAAGACACGGAUCUAAUAUUUCGGUCAAUGAAGCUACAAACGUAGUGUAUUUUCAAGGCACAAAGGACACUCCUUUAGAGCACCAUCUGUACAGUGUGAGCUGUGAGGACCCUGCUGAACCUGAGCACUGCACUGAGAGGGGCUAUUCCCACAGCUGCUUUUUCAGCCAGCUCUUAGACAUGUUCGUCAGUAAGUAUAGUAACCAGGAGAACCCUCGCUGCAUGCAUCUGUUCAGACUGCCCCUUCCCGAGGGGGACUCCAGCCUGGACCAGAGAGGCUUCUGGGCCUCCAUGGUGGAGUCAGCAGGGUGCCCUCCUGAUUACAUCCCACCUGAAGUCUUUUCCUUUGAGAGCCAGUCUGGACACACUCUGUAUGGGAUGCUGUACAGACCCCACAAUCUGCAGCAGGGGAAGAAAUAUCCCACAGUUGUUUUUGUAUACGGGGCCCCCCAGGUAGCAAUAGCUGGGGCUCCGGUCAACCUGUGGCAGUUUUAUGACACUGGAUACACCGAGCGCUACAUGGGAAGCCCCGAUGUGAACGAGCGGGACUAUGAUCUGGGGUCAGUGGCCAUGCAGGCCGAUCGCUUUCCAUCAGAACCCAACCGACUGCUGCUUCUGCACGGGUUCCUGGAUGAAAACGUUCACUGCGCUCACACCAGCAUUUUGUGUUGAUUUACUUUUCAAUUCUUUAAACAGGACUGAGGCCUCCAGAGAUGAUGAUACCAUGUUUGUUUGUAUAUAUAUAUGCACUCACUGCCAACACACGCAGGAAUAAUUACAUUGUCUCAUUUAAUCAUCUUCAAAAGCAAGUGUGCUGUGUGGUAGGUGAAGAAGAUUAUGCAUAGCUUUUUAUUUGCAGAGACUCAAGCGUUGAAGAGAAUUUGAUUUUUUAAUGGAAUAGUAUUCCAGAAAAAAGAAGAACCUGUAUUGCAGCCUUGGCUAAAACUGAAAGAAGAAACAAAACACAGCAGUAAAUCUGGUGUUGUGCUGCAUGUUGAAGGGUGUGGUAUAUAUACAGCCGUGCCGUGGGUUAACAUAUAAUAUUAAUAUGAUGUGCUUCAGGAGAUGCCUGUAAUGUGUUAAUACUUUUUAAAUACACAUGUAGUUAAAUAGUAACAAUGCUGUACCUACAACAAUGUCAACCCCAGUCAUUAUUUCAGACAUAGCACAGAGGACAUGGAAUGGAAUGGGUUGCUGCUGCUUCAGUGGGGUCCUUCAGGAGCUGUCUGGAAGCAGUGUUGGCUACAGUUAGCUUUUUAGGAACCGGAUUAGCAUUGGUGACCUCCUCUUCUUUGGUUCUUCAUUAUGUUCUUAUGAAGUGCACAGCUGAAUGUGAGAUCUGGACAGUUUUUUUCAAAAUUAGCUUCUUAUCAUAUUUAAUGCCCCCUUCUCUGAAGUGACAGGUCCACAUUGAACUGAAUGAGAUGCUUACUGUG